AUUGAUAAAAAUAAUAGUGGAUGGAGCAAAGAUAUUGCAAUAACAACUAGAAAAGAAUUUGUUAAAGACUUAGCUGCUGCAUUAUGGUAUGUUGAUAAAUUUGAUCCAGAAAAGUUAAAAAGCUGA